AUGGCUCUAUGUGAGAAGAGAGAUURUGAGGAUGGAUUCCUUGCAAGAGCUGCAGAUUCCACGAGCUCUUCUCUUUCCUUGGCUUCCGGUGAUAAGACGUUAAUCCCCGAUGAUGAAUUCAUGCUUCUGAACGAAUUAGUUAUGAAUACAAAGAUCUCACACCAGAUGAAAUCACAAUCAAGGGAGAAGAUGGUCCUGAGCUUCCAGUUGAAGGGCUUUGUUACAGGUAUCUGUAGUGACCUUUCUGGCUUUGGAUUAUUAUGGAUAAAAUACUGUGUUUCAGUGAUGUUCAAGUGUCAUUCCUUCUCAUUUGGGUAG